GAGAGUGAGAGAGGAGGGAAAAAAAAAAAAAGUAAAGGGAGGAGAAAGGUGGAGUCCAUGAAGAGCACAAGAGGUCGAGGGAGCAGCUGGCAAACAGCAGCAGCGAUGUCUCCUUCCUUCAGCUCCUACGGCCUCUUGCUGGGCUUUAUCCUCUUCUACAUCGUGUACCUCCUGUUCGGAGCGUUCGUCUUCUCCGCCAUAGAGGAGCCCGAGGAGGAGCGGCUCAGGGGCGAGAUCUUGUCCCUCAAAGCGCAGUUCGUCAACGACAGUUGUGUCAACCUGACGUCGCUGGAAAGCUUUCUGGAGCGCGUCCUCACGGCCAACAAGUACGGCGUGUCCAUCGUGAGGAACUCGUCGUCAGCCUCCAACUGGGACCUGGCCUCGGCGCUCUUCUUCGCCAACACACUGGUCACCACUGUGGGUUAUGGACAUACCACACCACUGUCCGAUGCAGGCAAGGCCUUCUCCAUCAUCUACGCCCUGUUUGGGGUCCCAUUCACAAUGCUUGUACUGACAGCAUGCGUUCAGAGGCUCAUGUACCUGCUGAGCUACAGGCCCAUUGGACUCUUCCAGCGGUGGACUGGCUGGGAUCCCAAGACAGCCAGCGCUGCGCACUUUGUGUUUCUUCUGCUCACAGUGGUGCUGUGCUUCUUUGUGAUCCCAUCUGUGAUCUUCAGUACCAUUGAGGAGUCCUGGUCCUUCCUGGAUGCCUUCUACUUCUGCUUCAUCUCGCUCUGCACCAUAGGCCUGGGUGACUAUGUUCCUGGAGAACAGGCUGGCCAGAGGCUGAGGUCCCUCUACAAGAUCUCUGUCAUGGUUUACCUGUUUCUGGGACUGAUGAUCUUGGUCCUGGUUCUCCGCACCUUCCAUAAGCUGGCUGACUUGCAUGGACUGACGUCUUUCUUCCACCUUCCCCACUGUGAGGAGGAGGAUGAAGAGGACAAGGAUCCAAUUGUGGAAACUAGCUCUGAGCAGCCAGACAUGGACAAGAAUGCCAGCAAGCCUCUGGCCCUGGGUUCCCAGACCUCAUACAGCUCCAUCCGCAAAUAAGCCAUCCUCACCCUGGAUCUGCAGUCCUCCACAUUCCCAACAUCACAGUCCAGUUCAAAACGUGGAUUGUGAUUCCUGAUCUCGGCCCUUCCUACCGUGGUAUAGCAAUAAGUGGCCGUGGAAGACAUCGUGAGGGCUGGGAGAGUCUGACAGCUGGGCAACCUAAAAUGAGCACAGAUAGUUGUAUUUACCUGUGAAUGGUGGUGAAUGCUAAGUAUAAAAGGGUUUUCCUCAGUGGUAGGGACAGGUGCAGUAUCUUCAGACUGUUUUAAAUGUAUUUUAUUAUUGCUUAGAAUUUUAUAACUUGUCAACAUGAAUGUUUGCAUUCUAUUCAAUUUUUUGCUCCUUUUAAUUAAACUAAAUGUGUAGAAUGUGGAACAUGGAUCCAUAAUAAGUGGUGUCAGACUCUAGGAUCCUGGCAACAUGCUGAAGAAUUUCUUGGCCCCAUGGAAUAUCUUUGUGGUAAUGCAUGAGCUUUAUCUGGGCAGAAAUGGAACUGCUCUUACAAUGCCCAGUGUCCAUUUCUGUUUUCAUGGAUAAUGUUUUUCAACAGGUUCUUCACUGAACCUGGCACCAUUGACAUGAAUAGCAUGCUUUUUGAAGUACUGUUAAAAAGCUUUUUUUGGCCUUUUGAGGUCUGAAUGUUUUUUUUGUUACUUGAUUGUUUGAGGUAUGUUAAUGUAAUUUAACAAUUGUAGUUUUUUCAGACUGUCUGUAGGUCAUAUUUUUUGAACAAUAAAAUGUUAGAAUGAUGAAUAAAGGUGUCAUUAAUGGAUGGAACAAAGUGAUGCCUAGAGGCAGGGAUUUAACCAUUAUUGUAAAUAAAGUGAAUUAUGAGAUCUUGCUUUGGAGAAAAGACUGGGUUUAACAAUGGGAGAAAAUCAUUUUGUGAUCCUAAAAUGUUAAUACGGGCACUAUGUUUAAAAAAGUGAUUUAAAAUACUUUUGAGACAACCUUAGGUGUUAGGACCUAACAUGUCAUCUUCAUGCACAAUUUUUCUUUAUAGGUUUAGUGUGAAAGUGAAGACUGCUGUUCAGUUUAUGCACAG